AUGAUUAAUUUCUUCUAUUGUUCGCUUAUCAAAGAUUUGAAGCUCAACGGUAAUCAGAACAAAUUAGCUAUCGACACGAAUAUGGUAGAUAAUAAAACCGAACCGGACGAUGAUUCAGCAAUAUCGGUUAGCAUCGAUGCUGUAGAACGCAUGCAAACUAUCGGAACCGGAUCGUUUGGUCGAGUAUACUUGGCACGUGAUAAUAAUACUAAAAAAUAUUACUAUGCGCUUAAAAAAAUGUCAAUCAGUAAAGUAAUUUUAACACGGCAAAUAAAUCACGUUUUUUCCGAGAAGAAAAUUUUGGCUUCACUUACACAUCCUUUCAUCGUUAAAAUGUAUAGUUCGAAAUGUGAUGGGCAAAAUUUGUAUAUUUUAUUUGAAUAUAUCCCCGGUGGUGAGCUAUUUUUUUAUCUGCGAAAUGUUCAACGAUUUCCUGACACAACCGCUCGAUUCUAUGCAUGCGAAGUGAUAUUAGCAUUGGAAUUUUUGCAUUCUAAAAAUAUCGCUUAUCGUGAUUUGAAACCUGAAAAUUUGAUGUUAACAAAAAUUGGCCAUUUGAAGUUAACCGACUUUGGAUUUGCUAAAGUUAUCGACAACAAGACAAAUACAUUAUGUGGAACGCCGGAAUAUUUGGCACCAGAAGUGACCGAUGGUAAAGGUUAUGAUAAAGCUGUCGAUUGGUGGUCAUUGGGUAUUCUUAUUUAUGAGAUGCUCGCUGGGCUACCACCAUUUCAAGGCGAUACACUCACAGACAUUUAUGAGGAAAUUAUGACCGAUCGGGUAGAUUUCCCGAGAAGUAUGGAUUUCUUUACAAAAGAUCUCAUAAAGAAACUGCUCCAAUCAGAUCCCGCAAAACGAUUAGGUAAUUUAGAAGGCGGUGCUGAGGAUAUCAAAAUUCAUAAAUGGUUUAAUGAUAUAAUAUGGGAUGAUGUUAUCAAUAUGAAAAUAACGCCGCCAAUCAUCCCAAAAUUACAAUCCACUGGCGAUACCAGCAAUUUUGAUGAUUAUGACGAAGAAUGUGAUGAAGACAAAAUGAUACCAACUCAGGAAGAAAUCGAUCUCUUUCAUGAUUGGUGA